AUGCUGAAGUUACUUGUUAACACAAAUAUAAGCAAGGAUAAAGGUCCAGAGUCUUUCACAGGGGAGGUCACCCAGUAGUUAUCAAAAGCAAUGGGCAAACCAUCACAGUAUCUAGCAAUACAAGUAUCUCCAGACCAGCUGAUGUCCUUUGGUGGCUCCACAGAUCCCUGUGCUAUGUGCUUUCUCUACAGCAUUGGUAAGAUAGGGGAGCAGGAGAACAAGGUCUACUCCAAAUUGCUUUGCGACAUGCUGAACAAACAGCUGAAAAUACCAUCUGACAGAAUCUAUGUCAGCUUCUUUGACAUCAGUGCUGGCAACGUAGGCUGGAACAACACCACCUUUGCUUGA